UGGGUAACCAAUGAAAGCUUUGUCAUUAUUAACGAGAGGUACAAUGAUCUACUGUCAAAGGGGUCUUAGUAGCCAUGCCUGAUGCCAGUAGAAUCACAGCCUGGCCAUUGUUCUGCACUGGUCGAACGGGCGUGAGCAUCACGUGACUCGGUUGGGACCCAGUUCUUCUGGCUUCUUUGCCUUCCGCGCAGUCAAGGCUUUCGGCCGUCCAUCUUUCUUUGCCGUCACCUCUCGCUCUUCUCGGCCUCGCUAUCAACCAGCCGUGAAUCUCACAGACCACGGAUUCCACCUCUUCACAAGGUCAAGCGACAGUCCUGAUAGACCUGCAGUCAGCUUUCUCCUGUCGAGGCAGCCGAGGCCAGCAACGCGUCUCACGCGGGACCUUUAUUGACGACCGCGCCUCCAGCGAAGCGCAAUCUCCUCAUCCCCGGAACGCAUCGCAUCCGCACCAUCGCCAAUAUGCCCGUCGAAGUUGCCAUGAACACGCCGCUGGCGGAUGCCCUCAACUCGGCAAUUCAGCCCAAGCUGGUCGAGGUUGGUUGGGGCACCGGCGGCACCGACGACUCUGCUCUCGCCGAAUACAUUAUCCUUAUGCUCGCCAACGGGAAGACGCAAGAUCAGAUUGCGACUGAGCUCUCUGGAGAGCUUCUGGGCUUGCCAGCCGACGACCCCGGCGUCCGCGACUUCUCGAAAUGGCUCUUUGAGCAAAUAGAUUCCUUGAACGCGCAAGUGAACGGCGGACGUGCCGCGGGCGGCGACGCCAUGGCCGACGCACCCCAGGAAGGCGGGAUGUCCGGUGAGAUGGACACAGAUAUGGGCACAAACGACGCUUCUGAGUUGAAUGCGUAAGUGGCGAACGACGCAUUCUGCCUGUUACUUGGCCUGCCGCUAACAACUCCAAAGUCCUACGGGGCCUCGAUCGAUGCGCAAUGGAAACAUGCGCGGUGGACGGGACAAGCGGAUGCUGGGCCAGAUGAACAGGGCCAUGGACCGGACCGGCGACGGGGCCCUGCACCGCACUCGGGGCAACGAUCGGAUCAACACACAUGGCCGUGCCCCUCCCACUGGCCCCCGAACGGGCCCAGGGCGGCUUCCGCGACACAACAACCAUCGCGCUGCAAACCUUCAGGCGGGCCUGGCCGCGGGCGGCCCGCAGGCGAACUGGAUGAUGCCGGGCCAAGCCCCGAAUCAAAUGGAGCUCAUGGCGAUUCUCGAGGAACAGAAUAAGAUGAUGUUCCAGCUCUCACAGCAGCUCAUGACCGGAGGCCAAGGCGGGCGGGGCGGUGGCUUUGGACAACGCGGGCGGGGCGGCAAGUCGCUCUUCGACAGAGUAUCGGACCCGCACCACAAGAACAACAAGUUCCGGAGAAACCAGCACCACCAACAACAACAAGACGCCAACGGAGAGGGUAUCAAGACGGAGGAGGGAGCGGAGGGUGAGGAUGUCGACAUGUCUGGCGGCAAGCGCGAGGCACCGAACCCGGAGGAGACGGUGUGCAAGUACAACCUGCACUGCACAAACAAGGAGUGCAAGUUCGCACACCAGUCGCCAGCCGCGCCGCCCGGCGUGUCGGUGGACGUUACGGAUACGUGCAGCUUCGGGGCGGCUUGCAAGAACCGGAAAUGCGUGGGGCGGCAUCCGUCGCCGGCGGCUCGAUUGGCGCACCAGAAUGAGCAGGACUGCAAGUUCUUCCCCAACUGCCAGAACCCGCGGUGUCCGUUCCGACAUCCGUCGAUGCCCAUUUGCCGCAACGGACCGGACUGCACGACGGCCAACUGCAAGUUCACGCACGUCAAGACCAAGUGCAAGUUCAAUCCCUGCUUGAACCCCAACUGCAUGUUCGUGCAUGAGGAGGGCCAGCAAGGCGGGUUCCGAGACAAGGUGUGGACAGCCGAGACGGGCCAGGAGCACGUCAGCGAGCGCAAGUUUGUGGACGAGAAUGCGCCCGUCGAGCGUGUCAGGCCCGGCGAAGAGCACGAGAUGACGACGGACGAGCCGGCACAGGCAGCCGAAGCAGGCGCCAUCGCGUAAGGGGGAUGAGGACGUGAGCGAACUGGGAGGUCAGCGAUGAUGGGAGGCCACGGCCUUGAGACGACAAGGGCGUGCACUAAAGUCAUGUGUACUAUACCAAGGUGUAUGUGUAGUUUUGCGUGUUCACGUUACGAGGGAGAGGCAUGGCUGGCGUUAUUUGGGAUAUAGGAGACGAUCGCGAUACGACAUCACGGUCUGUGAAACGGGACGCGGCCUAGAGGGUGACGGCUAUGAUGGAGAAUUGGGCUCCAGGAGGGGGAGGCCCGACGAGCGACACGGAAAUGCAAAAUGUUUUUUCUUCU